AUUGACAGCAUGAUAGCAUUUUACCGCAACUAAAAAACCAAAUCGUGACUUUCAAGUUUUAAUUUACAAAACAUUCAAUUUAAACUCAUCUAAUUGAAAUGGCGGCUUCAGUGAUCAACACUUACGCGGAUCCUUGCAUACCAGAAUGGAUGAACGCGCCCCACAGCACGGGCACCUCCAUCAUGGCUUGCGAGUUCGACGGUGGUGUUGUCAUCGGUGCCGACUCUCGAACGACCACGGGCGCCUACAUAGCAAACAGAGUAACCGACAAACUAACAAAAAUCACUGAUCACAUAUAUUGCUGUCGCUCUGGCUCCGCUGCUGAUACUCAAGCCAUCGCCGACAUUGUUACAUACCAUCUUAACUUCCAUAAAAUGGAGCUGGGUGAGCCUCCAUUAGUGCAGACAGCUGCUGCAAUCUUUCGUGAGCUCUGCUACAACUACCGGGACUCCUUAGUGGCUGGUAUCUUAGUUGCCGGUUGGGACAAGAAGGAAGGAGGUCAAAUCUACUGUGUCCCAAUUGGAGGCAUGGUUCAACGGCAGGCAGUGUCUAUUGGUGGGUCUGGUUCUUCAUAUGUGUACGGCUACGUUGAUGCCAACUUUAAGCCCAAAAUGAGCAAGGAUGAAGCUGUUAAGUUUGUAACAAACACUCUCACACUGGCCAUGUUACGUGAUGGCUCGUCCGGAGGAGUGGUCCGCUUGGGCGUGAUAACAGAAGCAGGUGUAGAACGUAGUGUGAUCUUAGGAGAUCAGUUGCCCAAAUUCUAUGAAGGUUAAUGUGCUCUUUGGAUACAAAUAAUAUAAG